GAUGUAACGUCAAUAUUCCCAAAAUCACCCGCAGAAAUUUGCCUGUCUUAAAGCCUAGGUCACGGAAGCUUUCAUGCAAGUAAAAGGCAUUGCAAUAGCCAGCUUACCCACGUUCUUGUCUCCAGUUAGCAGGGUCCUGUAACCUGUGAAACUCCUCCCACAACACAUUCUGCGUUUCGGUCCUGUGGUGAAGGGAGGGCUGCAAAGCAAUAACACUUUUAAAUAUAUAUAUAUAAAAACAGUAAUUCACCGGGACGCACGGGACAAACUGUUGGGAGCAUGUGGUUAAUAUAUUUGCAUUGACAAGGUGAACACAUGAAAUGGUUUAAUACUAAACCAUGAUAAUAUGAACCUAUUAAGUAGCCAGAUGAAAGUAAAUAAGCAUCAUGGAUGAUCAACAGCUGGAUGAACAAUCUGAUGAAACACCUUGCAGCAGUCAUUCCUCCUCCAGCACCUCUAGGAAAAGGAAAAUGACAGUUCCAAGGCAAAUUAAAAACAGGAACAAAGCUGAUUUAAAGCUACCUGAUGAUAACAUUUCAGCCUGCUCUUUAGGAAAGAGUGCGGAUAAAAAGCAUGCAGCAGUGGACCCUCUUGGCAAAGGUGAGGCGGCGCCAAGGUCACUGUAUCACAACUUUACUUUCAUCAACUCUGAAGGUGUUGCAGGUAACUAUGACGUUCCAUCUGAUGAAGACUCCAAUGGAUUGUCCUCUGCUAAUUUUGACAGGGGACGAGUCGAGGACAGUCUAAAUGGGGUGUCAAAUAAAACAAGGAAGGGAAAGGACCUGGACACCAUGGUUCAUAUGCAGCGUGAUUCUGAUGGUUCGUACAACCACAGCUUCACCAUUGUGCACAUGAAAGCCAAAGAGGAGCAGCUUGCUGAUAAGGUGGAAAGCCUGUCUUUUGACUCGAUAGGAAGGAGCAAGGAUGAGAGUGGGGAUCGAGAGAAGAAGAUCAAACUAAAUUCGGAGGAGCUUAAACAACAGGAGCCUACAAAACAGACAGAGACUGUCACAGCUAAAGUAAUCAAGAAAAAGAAAGUGUCAGACAACACCGGCAAGGACACUGAGAACAGGCCCUACAAGUGCAUGCAGUGUGGCCGAGCGUUUAAAAAGUCCAGCAACCUUCUGAGCCACAUCGAAACUCACAGCGGGCUGAAGCCGUACUCGUGCGAGCUCUGCGGGAAGGCAUACUCACACCAGGGCACGCUGCAGCAGCACAAGAGGCUGCACACAGGGGAGCGGCCGUACAAGUGCCCGUACUGCGACAAGACGUACAUCUGGUCCUCGGACUUCCGCAAGCACGUCCGCACUCACACGGGGGAGAAGCCGUAUGUGUGCGCGGCCUGCGAGAAGGCGUUCGUGCGCUCCUCGGACCUACGCAAGCACGAGCGCAACAUGCACAACAACAACAAGCCCUACCCCUGCCAGGAGUGUGGCAAGACCUUCAACAAGCCACUGUCUCUGCUCCGGCACCAGCGCACCCACCUGGGGGAGAAGCCCUUCCGCUGCUCCGACUGUGGGAAGGAGUUUGCGGUGGCCAGCAGGAUGGUGGAGCACCAGAGGACCCACACUGGGGAGCGGCCCUUUAUCUGCCCCAUCUGUGGCAAGUCCUUCACCAAGUCUUCCAACCUCUUUGAGCACCAGACCCUCCACUCGGGGCAGCGCCCUUUCAAAUGCUCGGAGUGCGGGAUGUCCUUCGCCCAGUCGUCCCGGCUCAUCCGCCACCAGCGCAUCCAUACCGGGGAGCGGCCCUUCGUCUGCCCCGAGUGCGGCCAGGCCUUUGCCCGCUCCUCCACCCUCAAGCGCCACCAGCAGAUCCACUCGGACGAGAAGGCCUUUCUCUGCACGCAGUGUGGCAAAGCCUUCCGCCACGCCUCCCAGCUGACCCAGCACACCCGUGUCCACACUGGGGAGAGACCGUACCAGUGCCCCCAGUGUGGGAAAGCCUUCACCCAGUCCACCCACCUCAUCCGCCACCAGAACAAACACAGCCUGGAGAAGGUAGAGUCGGUGUUGGAGGAGACAGACUCGCUUUAUAACUCUUCUUGCAGCCCACGGCCGGCCUCUGGAAUCAUUUAGAAUUACAUUAUUAUUUAUUUUUUUAUUUUUUUAUCAGCAAAAUAAAAUUUAAAAAAAUUGUUUAAAGGAUUCAGACAUUGAUGGGUGGCUGCUCUGUAUGUCAGGGGUGUUGAGUUCAAAUGCUGUUGAGCCAUUCCAUUAAUAUCUGCAUUGUGUUCCAGUUCAUCUAAAACACAGGGACCCUGAUCAGCACUCAUCCUGGAUCGCCUUACCUAAGAUAACAUUAGGUCGUGUGAGUCAGGGGUCGGGGAAACCAGCCGCAAGGAUUUUGAUGAUCAGUAGUAAUAUUCAGGGAGGUAGGGUUCUGUAUCGUAAAAGGGAAAAGCUUUUCUAAAAUAAAAGAUAAUGACACGGAUAACUACAGAAGACCUUAGUUUACCAGCGAUGCCCCAAAUUAUGUAAUUCCUAUUUUAUGUCAUUGUAGCGUGUUGUGCACAGACCAUAAAUGUUCAACUGUAUAAUAGCUGUAAAUGUACGUGCACUGGGAGACAUGGCCAUUCUAAGAGGUGCACACAGCCUGGUUUGAACAAAAAAUUAUAUAAUCCUAAAAGACACUAUAAAUGUCAACUGGUAGUUCGUUUGUGAUUUUAGCAAUUUUAGACAGAUUUUAAUCCUGACGAAUGAUACUGAUAGCUACCCGGGUACAGGGGUUACAGGUUUAAACUGAAACCAAGUCAAAUAAAAAAAAUUAAAAAGAAUAAAUAAAUAAAAUUUACAGAUCUGAUACACUAUAAAUUAUUUGCUGCUUUUACCUGGUGUGGCUCAAGAAUACAAACUAUAUUCUACAGUGGCUGAUGGUAAAUCAUUUUGCAUGUGUCAGAUGUGGUUUGACCACAGUGGAAUUCAGAAGAAUUGUUCUGUUGCAUGUGAACCAUUGUACCCUGACAGUAUCACCGGGUAAUUCACAGCAGUGCACUUUUAUCUAUUGUAAUAUCAGUUACACAGUCACAGUAUUUUAAUGUCAGGUGUUUCCCUUCAUCCAUUGUGUUUCUGUAAUUCUAAUUCACAGUAAAGGGACUGAUGUGACAUGAAUGUUAAACAAAUGUUGAAUUUCUAAAACUAGUUUGUUAAAAAAAAAAAAAAAAAAAAAAAAAGCAGCAAUUCAACUGCUAAUGUAAAACAAUAUAUAAAACCGCCUUUUUUUUUGUUGUUGGAUAAAAACUUAGGCAGAGAUAACGCUCGGCUUUAUUAAGAGCACAUUUUGAAAUCCUAAUUUAGGUGGCUUUUCUAAAUGAGAACACUAAUCACGGAAUAUACUUUUUGCACUUAUGUAUUUGUCAAUGAGAGUUUGGAGAAUGUUGCUUAACUAGUGAAAACGAGCAUUGUGUUAAUAAACUGCAUACUAUGUAAAAUACAGUUUUACCAUUUUUAAUUUAUAACCUCUGAGUUACAAAUUCCACUGUGACCCUUAACUAAACCUUAUAGAGCAUGAAGCUGUGUUUAAAUAUUGUACAGUAGAUGUACCGUAUUACUGUUAUCGUUUUACUGAAGAUCUCAGCAUUUAAAGAAUUAUUCUUUUUUACUUUUUAUUAAAUGGCACCCAAUAACAAAGACUGAG